AAAAAAAAAAAACUAUACAUCAAAUGAGCUGAUUCCCGCCAUUAGCCGUUGGCGUCCCCAACCCAGAAAACAGCCCAUGUUGAUGCUCCAGUCGCGUAGUUCCCCCUGCCAGGCGGCCUACUUGCGCAUUAGCAACCGUUGUGUCCUCCUCGGCCCGUCCUCCGGAUCUGUGAAAAGGCUCGAUCUCCCACCUACUGCCGAUGCAGAGGGGUUGGAGACCGGUGAUACUCACGGCGCCUCACGCCACACCUGGCCACAUCGCAAACCGUCACUACGACCUAGGCACUUGCGCCUGCACCUACCUAGCACAGUCGGCGAUGAUGGCUCCAUGAGUGCCAGUCGUGUGCUUUCAGGGUUAUGCUCUCUUGGUCCCGUGGGCAGGUCGCCCAUCUCCUUGCCUGCUUCGAUAUUUCACCAGCAACAAAGCUAUAGGUAUCAGCAACUCAGGGGGGUCAAGACAAGGACGACUGUGAAGCUUGAUGAUCUUCCGACUGUCACAUGUGCCAAGACCAAGAAAAAGGUUAAGCCAGAGCAGUCGGCAAAUCCCAAGUCUGCCAGUAGACGGACCGUCAUCAAGCUUGAAGACUUGCCUCAGGGAGUAAUAGAGGAUGCGGAGUCACUCCCGCCGCCUGAAGAUGAAGGCCCAACGUACCCUACCGUAAUUCAGCAGGCGCGUCGGAACAUGAACAGGUUUGACAACUGCGUACUGCUAACCCGCGUUGGUGGUUUCUAUGAGCUUUACUUUGAACAUGCCCAGGAAAUAGGUCCGCAGUUGAACUUAAAAGUAGCCACGAAAAAGACUGCCGCGGGCAAUGUUGCCAUGGCCGGGUUUCCCUUUUUCCAGCUCGACAGGUUCCUCAAGGUCCUAGUCCAAGACCUUAACCGAUAUGUAGCAAUCGCCGAGGAGUUUCCGAAUGAUGCUGGCGACAAAGUCAAGUCUGGGGGCCUCAUGCAUGACCGUCGUGUUGCCCGCGUCAUCACUCCUGGGACCUUGAUCGAUGAGAAUUUCAUGGACCCCUAUUCAAACAAUUAUGUCAUGUCCAUUCACCUGCCAGAGCCGCCCGCAAUCACCCUGCCUGCAGCUGAGAAUAUCUCAGCCGCCGCCGCCGCAGAAUUACCUACUGUACCUCAACCCUUGAUGGAAAACAUCCCCAAUUCCCCUAUUGGGCUCGCCUGGCUAGACCUAUCCACCGGCCACUUCAUCACCCAAUCCACAACCCUCGGCUCCCUUACUUCAGUCCUCUCCCGCAUUGGCCCAAAAGAGAUUGUCCUUGAUAGGACCAUCGCGCCUCAUGCGUCUGAAGAGCUACUCGCUCUGCUGGCGGAAGAAAGACGACUGUCGACGCAUGCCGAGCGGCCAGAGGAUUGGACGCCUGCCGACUGGGCUCCGAUGCUCGAGUCCGAAAUGCAGCCACAGUCCAUGGAGGCAUUUACGGCUGAGGAGGUGCAGGCCAGCAACCUGCUGCUCCACUACGUCAAGGACCGCCUGCAAAAUAUCAACAUCAAGCUCCAGCCGCCCCGCCGCCAUCAGUCCAUGGAGGUCAUGUCCAUUGACAAAAAUAGCAUGCGCUCGCUCGAGAUCAAGAGUACCAUCCGCGACGGCGCCCUUCGCGGCAGUCUGCUGCAUGCCGUCCGCCGCACAGUGACGAGGGGCGGGGCCAGGCUGCUCGACGAGUGGCUGAGCGCUCCCUCUACCUCGCUAGACGUCAUUACCGCCAGGCAGGACCUCGUCUCGCGUUUCCUGCAGGACGAAACGUUGCGCGACAGCGUUGUGCUGCUUCUGAGGAGAUGCGCCGACUCGCAUCGUCUCGUUCAGAAAUUUGCCCUCGGCCGCGGUGAUCCCGACGACCUCCUCGACUUGUCACGCACUAUUGGCGCCUCGAACGAUAUCGUCUCGCUUCUAAAAAGCGCCGUCGCGACGUCCACUGGGCAAGGAAGCUCGGCCCCUGAAUCGGGCAGCGAUUGCCUAGAUGACUUGGUCAACCGCAUCAGCUUAUCCCAGCCUCUCGCACUCGCCAAAAUGAUUCGCAAGGCAGUUGAUGAGGAAGGCUUGGUACAGCGCCAUCAGCUUGAGGAGGAGGCGGCCGGCAAAAUGUUGGAGCUGGCAGGGCAGGUUGUCACGGCCGCGGGCACAGCGGACCUCGCCAACGUGCUGCCCAAGUCAGUUCCCACAGCAACCGCCAACAAGCGCCGCGCCGCACCGACGACGUCCAUCCGCGAAUACUACAGCGCCGAUAACGAUGCCUGGAUCAUGAAGUCCAGCGCCAGCAACGCGCUAUCGAGACUUCAUGCUGAACUAUCAGGCCUACUGGAUGAGCGCGCUGAGCUCCAAGAAUCCCUCCAAGCUCGCCUCCAAGCUUCGACCCUCACCCUCAAGUGGACCCCAAACCUCGGUCAUAUCUGCCAUGUCAAGGGCAAGGACGCCCGUGCGGCACUAGACGGCGUAAGGUCCCUAUCCUCCUCCCGCAGCACCCGCUCCUUCCAUCAUACCGAAUGGACCGACCUAGGCGCCCGCCUCGACAAGGUCCGCAUCGCCAUCCGAGCCGAGGAGCAGCGCGUCUUCCACCUCCUCCGCCGCGCCGUUGUCAAGGCCCUCGUGCCGCUUCGACGCAACGCCGCCGUACUCGACGAGCUCGACGUCGCCACCGGCAUGGCUCGUCUCGCGCACGAGCGGGGCUGGAUCCGCCCGGUAGUGAACCACGGCACCGCCCACGCCGUCCUCGGCGGCCGCCACCCGACCGUCGAGGCCGGACUCGCCGAACGGGGUCGCUCCUUCACCGGCAACGACUGCUUUGUCGGCUCGCCGGGCCACGGCCGUGUUUGGGUCGUCACCGGCCCCAACAUGGCGGGAAAGUCGACUUUUUUGCGGCAAAACGCCCUCAUCACCGUCCUCGCUCAGGUCGGCUGCUUCGUGCCGGCCGACCACGCCGAGCUCGGUAUCGUCGACGCCCUCUUCAGCCGCGUCGGGUCCGCCGACGACCUCUACCGCGACCAGAGCACCUUUAUGGUCGAGAUGCUCGAGACGGCCCAGAUCCUCCGCAGCGCCACGCCCAGGAGCUUUGUCGUCAUGGACGAGAUUGGCCGCGGCACAACGCCCGAGGACGGCACCGCCGUUGCCUUUGCGUGCGUCGAACACCUGGUCAAGGUCAAUCGGUGCAGGGCCCUGUUUGCUACACAUUUCCAUGCCGUUGCAGACCUCGUCGUCGCGAAGGCUAUGCAUGCGGCCGAGGGUAGCACAGAGGGCGUCGAAAUGUAUUGCACUGACGUUGAGGAGGAUGCGGGCGGGGGAUUCAUCUACGUGCACAAGCUAAGCAAGGGUGUCAACAGGCAGAGCCAUGCACUUAAGGUCGCACGCCUGGCUGGUCUGCCCGAUGCCGCUAUCAACGUCGCCAAGGAUGUGUUGCAGAAAAGAUUUCAAGUUCCUACGAGUUGA